AUGGUGGUCGAGCGGGCACACCCUGACGUGGCUCUCCCCACGGUCGUGCACCGUGUGGCUGACGAUGUGGCUGCAUCCACACGCCUGUUGAUCGUUGGAGACGUGCAUGGAUGUUUCGACGAGUUGAAGUUGCUGUUGCAUGCGUGUCGUUAUUCGCCUCAAACUGAUCGUCUUGUCUUUGUGGGUGACCUCGUCAACAAAGGACCAAAGUCGUUGGAGUAUGUGAAAGGUGGUCGCGUCCCCGGCUCGGCCUGGUAUUCGUAUGUGGAGCAAUUUACACUCGAGGACGUCGAGUUUCUUGAGCAGUUGCCGUACUCAAUUUCGCUGCCGAAUCAUGGUAAUAUCAUUGUGGUACACGCCGGACUCGUGCCAGGAGUAGAUCUAGAGGAACAGAAACUUUUACACCUGUACAGGAUGCGCUUUGUGCAGCGCGAGAAGGCAGAGGAUGAUAAUUCCAAGUGGGUGGCAUUAGAGAGGAAAAAAUAUAAAAGUGAGUGCGGUGGAGAGCCAAAAAUGUGGGCAAAGGUCUGGAAAGGGCCUAGACAUGUGUACUUUGGGCAUGCCGCGAGUGCAGGGUUACAGCAAGAGCCUUUUGCGACGGGUUUGGACACCGGAUGUUGUUACGGCAAGAAACUUACGGCGUGCAUCAUUCCGACAAAUACGCUGGUCCACGUGGACGCAAAGGAGCAGUACGAAGUGCCAAGCGGUGACAAGGAUUAG